GGUGCGUGAAUAAGCGCAGCUCUUCACUCGAGAGUCGGAAAUGGCGGGGGGUGUUGUGCAGCGGUUUGGGAAGUGGUUUUGGAAUGAAGAUGUUUGGUUGCCUCCGAACUUCACAUGGGCGGACAUUAAGAACACGGAGAAAGUAAAAUACGCCCAGUUUGAUGACCUGUACUACGGAUUCCUGGUGGCUCUAGUACUUCUCGUUAUACGCUAUACGCUCGAAAGGCUGGUGUUUUGCCCACUGGGUGUGCGGCUAGGUCUGCGGCAGCGGGUGCGCAAGGCCCCCGACAACCAUGUGCUGGAGAAGGCAUACCUCAGCAAUGGCAAGAUGGGCACCCAGCAGGUGCAAGGGCUGGCCCGCCAGCUCGAGUGGACAGAGCGCCGCGUCCAGCGCUGGAUUCGGCAGCGCGUUCUUCAGGAGAAGCCCUGCACCCUGGACAAGUUCACCGAGAGCACGUGGAGGUUCACAUUUUACUUCAGCAUAUUUUGCUAUGGAUUGUACACACUAUCAGAUAAACCAUGGUUAUGGGACACGAUGCACUGCUGGUACGACUAUCCUCACCAUUCCGUCACCAAUGACCUCUGGUGGUACUACAUGAUUGAGCUGGGGUUCUAUGUGUCACUGACAAUGUCACAAUUCAUAGACACCAAACGCAAGGACUUCUGGCAGAUGUUUGUCCACCACAUCCUCACCAUAGUUCUGUUGUCACUGUCAUGGGCCUGCAACCUGCACCGCAUAGGCAGUCUGGUGCUCAUCGUGCACGACUUUGCUGACGUGCCGCUGGAGGCAGCUAAAAUGGCCAAGUACGUAAAACGUCAGCGCCUUGCAGAUGCUGCCUUCGCUGUGUUCACCCUCUGCUGGUUGGUGUCCAGGCUGGGGCUCUACCCGUACAGGGUCAUCUACUACACUAUGUUUGAGGCAGUGAAGGUGAUUGAGUUGUUUGCUGCCUACUACAUCUUCAACUCACUGCUGGUCGCCCUGCAAUUCCUGCACAUAGUCUGGACUUGGAUGAUUGCUCGAAUGGCGCUGCAGGCCAUUACAAGCAAUGGGGUCAAGGACUUGCGCAGCGAUGAUGAGUCAAGCAGCCAGGAGGACGAGAAGACCUCUCAGAACAGCCACGAGUCCGGCGACUUCAAGCGGCAUAAGAGCCGUAAAGCCGACUAGAGCCGAGCCAACCAUCAAGAAAAGGGCCAUGCACGAUCCCCCGUGACAACUGCCGGCAUGCAUAGACACUUGCGGCUCUGCACCCCCCGUCAGCCCUUCUUUUGUUUUGUUACCUUUCGCUAGCUUUUUUUAUUUUCCAUUUCAUUUUCUAUUGUUAUUUUUCGAUACCUUCAGAUGCCAGUUACAGUAAGCUGUGUGGGGAGGGGUAGGCCUAGAUUAUACUCGAAGAGACUGCAGUCUCAGGGUCAUUGGGUGUGAAUAAGAACCGUGUAGUGUCUCUCUUGUACGUGCAAGGGAGUUAGGGGGGUCUGCUAUUUCCUUUUCCUGGCUUGCAACCACGCUGCAAAAGCUUAAGGUCACACCAUUGCUGGCCCAUAUAAAAAAACGAACAAGUUAUUGAUGUCAGUUAGAUAGCCAUGAUUGAGGUUCAGUGCAUAUGGCCUCUGGAGGACUUUGCUCAAGGCUCAGAGUUCACUGUACCUUAUGGCACCUUCAGUACUUCGCACCCGCACCGGUGUGCCACUUUUGUCCAAUCAUUGUAGCACCUGGGCACCCCAGUGCACACUGGUGUGAUUUUGUCAUACACUAUUAGUACAUCCAAUGGUUGCCUUCAUAAUGAUGCAAAUAAUCCUGCGUGCAUCUGCAGCUAUUGGUAGAGCCAUGUCAUGAAAAUAUUCAGGAGUAUGAUUUUUAUUAAUAUAUAUACUUUACCUCCUUUUGACUUUAUGCUCUCAUAAACACUUCAAUUCAUUGUGGAGCAGAAGAUUGCUUGAAAAAGAAACUGUAUGCUUAUUUUCAUAGUAUUGAAAUGUGCCACAUGUAUUCAAGCAGACUUGAGUAAUCAUUAUUCAGAGUGCAUUUUAUGCACCUAGGUGCCAGGCCAGCCUUUUACUCUUGCAGCGUGGUUUUCUGAUGUCUCGUCUGGGUUCCUUAUUAUGUUGGGCUGCACAGCAGGCAAGUCUGUUCUCCCGCCACCGCACGCGCGAAACCUCUCUGGGCGCCACAAACAGUGGCCACUUCCUCUCUACGUGUUUGACUUGAGCGGCUGUCAGUGUGGUGUAUGGGCUCAAUUGGGUUCUACUUACCCUCGUUAGGCAGAGGGCAGCUUGCAUAGCCUGCAGAUGUGACAGUCUGUGGCAGCAUUCAGUGCCAUAAACUCUAAUAUUAUGUUUUAAUAAGCCUUUGCCACAUGCCAGACAGGCUCCACUACGAGCAUGAAAGUGAUCCUCGAGGCACAGCAGUUUGGGAGGCCCCGAACGCGGGGAAGUGGUCACGGCGUGAGUGGUGUCCCCUUUUUUAUUCGAGACGGCACCGCGGGUGGUGCGGUGUGGCUGGAAUGGGGACAGCAUGUGACAAGCUGUGUGGAUGCCCGCGGGGUGGCCCCUCUUGCUGCCAGGAGAGGUGGGCCGCUUCCGAUUCUUCUGUCCUUGUUCUCUGUCCUGUGUGCUGCUGCACCGUGGGUUGGAAGGUUUUCUUGAACAGCAAGGGUGGGCCGGACCUGGGGGCUUCUGCCGUGCAAGCAGUGCUGCUAGCGUUCCAAAGGAAGAUCACUUUUUGUCGAAGGUAUUGCAGUUCUCCAAUUGCGAGGUCAAUUAGGACUCUUUGGAGGCCACGGUGUGUUGCUAACUUGAGGAAUUUAAGUUGGCAAAGGUCGACAGUGUGAUUUGCAUGAGGGAUCAAUAAGUACUAACGGUUCAGUUGUAGGAAGGUAGCAAUGGACUGUACAUUCGUCUGCUGAAUGCUGCAUACCUUGCAGGACUGCUUGCGUGGUGGGGUCCCCUUUUCAGUUGCUGUUGGUGCGUCCGUUUGCUCGAGACGGGCUUCUAUGUGCCUAGUGCAGCAGGACUUCUCUAGCUUCUGUUUCAAUGACAGCACAUAUCUUCAGCAACCCAGGAGGUCAUAGUAAAUAGUUCUGCAGCUUUUGCCAAGGCACUCCCCAGAGCUUGUCACCUACUUCAGAUCUGGGGUGCUUUGUGUUUAGCUUAGUUGCGACACUGCCCUGGGUGGAAAGGAGGAUAGAAGCUGCAGGGGUCGGUCAGGCUACUUUAAUCUCUCUCUGAAGGCACCACCGUGUCCUCUUCUCUGAGCCUGUAGACUCCGAGCCGUGUUGGUCUAUGGCACUUCACUGAAGCGGGCCCUUGAGGAGCGUUGUGGGGGGUAGUGGGCCUGUCGCGAGAGUCGUUUCUUAAUCGUGGCAGCAGCUCGCAAGAAUGGUUGUGCCCCGUUUAUGUGCAGUUUUGUUGUGUGCCAGUGUUCUCCCUCCUCUGUAUUUCAUUUUUGUCGUUUACCGUUCAGUAACGAAGCUUUUGUCAUUGUCUAACGUAGUGGAAUUGGAACCAAAGAGUAUUUUUGUAUUUCUGCUGCUGCAACACAUGUACGUUUUUCUUA